UGUGGGGUCACGUGACACCAUUUCAAGUUCAUGCCAUCGUCGUCGUUAUUGGUUCCAGAACGUAAAGAACCAUGGUCACCACGACAGCAAUUCGCGGCAGUACCACCCUUCUACGCUAAGACGUUCCUUUUGUAGCACCUGACAGAGCAGAACCUGUGCGAUAGGAAGACGUGGUAUAUCGUUUAGUUCGAAUAUGGCAGCCAAAGACGUCGCCGGCAAAGUGAAAAGUGCAGACGUUAGCCAGUCAGAGGGCGUUCGUAUUGUCCCUUUGCAACGUUUCCCUCAAAAGGGAUUUACGCCCCUUCAUGGAACACGCUCAGCGUCUCCAGGACGGCCAUGUUUCCUUGGACGAGCAACCGAAACAUUCGUCAACAUUUUACCGACCCCAGCAGGCGGAUCUCUGUCGUUUCCCAAGAGACCUGCCGCAGCCGCCGUCCGACAUAUCGACAGCGUUUACGAAAAAUACAGCCAGUGCGCUGCAAGAAGUCCGACCAAGCGUCUUCAGGGUACGAGUGACUGGCGCUUCUCAGGCAUGCAGAGUUCUGAUUCGAGCAGCACUGGGGAGCAUGACUCGACACUCCAUUGCUCGGCGACAGAGCGCGUAGAACUGGUCAGAAACCAGCGGUCCACUCCGUUUCAAACUUCAAGAGCGCACAGGAAAUUCGUGGACGACGUGCAAACCAUGUCUGAACCACCCCACGGCAUCACGCGUCCUUCGUGCGUACCUGCCGGAACAGAUACGGACCAGCAUCAGGGACACAGGUCCUUGCUAGGACAAUCGACCUCUCUCGGAUGUAUAACGAGUAACCGGCCCCUUGACGAACCUGGGAAGACUCGAAAGCCCGCUGACCUACUCGAUGCCCCCGAAGAAAAUUUACGCAUUGACCUCACUGUUCCCCUCAAGUCCAAGGACGACGCCGUGGCCGUGGUGAACCUCGACGACUUUGACCAGGCUGAGGACGAAUCGCGUCGUCCUUGUUCGACCAUCGGAAGCGACGAUUUUAGGCCUAUCGCUCUGGGGUCUGCUCCGCACCUGGCCGUGUCGGGGCGGACACAACGCUUACGCGAGAGCGAUAUCUUCCUGGGACGCCCCACGAAGCGAACGGACAUUUUCGAUGUGGUUCGUAACAUCGGGAUCUGGGUGCUGGUGCUCUGCGGAACAGGAACCAUCAUGGUGGGCGUCAUUCUGUCGGUACUGUGGCGCAGCGGAUCCUACAUGUUCACCGGAUCCCUGUUGGGUUCAAUCCUGACAACCGUUGGGCUGCUGAUCGCCAUUUACUGUACGGACGGCGCAGAUAAGCAAUUGAGGCUGAUAGGACAUCGGUGUAAUUAUAAUUAGCACAAUAGGAGAGAGUAACUCCCACAGUGCUCGCUAUAACCACAACAUCGCUGUCGGGGUCGAUCGCUAUAACCGGGGUCACUAUAAACCAUGCGGUCAUCGGAAGAUUGCGUGCUUGUGUGCACAGUACUGUAGUGUGUGUGGUGGCGGCUAGGAAUCAGAUGUAUAUCUAGUACCUCUUGAGACAAAUAUACCUGAAUCGUGCGAUUUUCUAAAUUUUU